UCCUCUAAGCGCCUGUCAGCUGCCCAACGUGAACUAGAAGCUCUCUGUCUAACACCACAGAUAACUGGAUUAUUGGGUAGUUAUUUGAGAGUGCAUUUAAUUUCCAAUUGCAAAAAGGAAGAGAAGAACUAACAGCGGGGGAGCCAAACGAAGCCUUUGCUACUACUUGUGUUGACGUUAGUUGUUGCUUGCUGCACUUGGCGUGGUUGGUAGCAAGUGUCAGUUCGUGCUGCGUUGUAGGGAUAGGGGGGAAUCUGACCCAAAAACGAUGACUGCAGAGGAGCAGAACAGCGAGGGGCAAAACACCAUGCCCAUGGAGGGAGAAGACAUCACACCAAAGAAAGAUGGAGGUGUUUUAAAGCUGGUGAAACGGGAAGGCACAGGCACGGACUUCCCUAUGACUGGUGAUAAAGUGUUUGUCCAUUAUGUGGGGACUCUCUUGGACGGGACACAUUUUGACUCGAGCAGGGACAGAGGAGAGAAAUUUUCCUUUGAGCUGGGCAAAGGUCAAGUAAUUAAGGCAUGGGAUAUUGGCGUGGCUACAAUGAGAGUGGGAGAGCUGUGUCAGCUCAUCUGCAAGCCAGAGUAUGCUUAUGGAUCUGCAGGCAGCCCACCCAAAAUACCUCCCAAAGCCACUCUUGUUUUUGAGGUGGAACUGUUUGAAUUUCGUGGGGAAGACAUAACCGAGGAGGAAGACGGAGGAAUCAUUCGGCGCAUCAUCACUAAAGGAGAGGGUUAUUCCAAGCCCAAUGAAGGAGCUGUGGUGGAAGUCUUUGUUCAAGGUACCUGCGAUGGGCGCGUUUUUGAUGAGAGGGAGCUGAAAUUUGAGAUUGGGGAUGGAGAGAGUUUUGGCUUGCCCAGCGGUGUGGAGAAAGCCAUCAUGGCCAUGGAGCAGGGGGAAGAGGCACUCUUCAUUAUGAAACCUAAGUACGGCUUUGGGGGUGAUGGAAGUGAAAGGUAUUGUAUUCCUUGUGGCGCAACGUUGCAGUACAAGAUUAAGCUAACAGCCUUUGAGAAGGCUAAGGAGUCGUGGGAAAUGAACACAAUGGAAAAGCUGGAGCAAAGCGGUAUUGUCAAGGAGAAAGGAACACAGUGUUUUAAGGAUGGGAAAUACAAACAGGCGUCUGUGCAGUACAAAAAGAUUGUUGCCUGGCUAGAGCAUGAGUCUGGCUUGUCGGAUGAGGAUGAAAAGAAGGCAAAAGCCCUGCGACUGGCUGCACAUCUGAACUUGGCCAUGUGCUUCCUUAAAAUGCAUGAGCCAAACAAAGCCUUUGAAAACUGUGACAAGGCCCUGGAAAUGGAUUCUACAAACGAGAAGGCUUUGUUCCGAAGGGGAGAGGCGCUGUUCGGUAUGAAUGAAUUUGAGAAGGCAAGAGAUGAUUUCCAGCGAGUUGUUCAGCUGUAUCCUUCCAACAAAGCCGCAAAAAGUCAGGUGGUCCUGUGUCAGAAACGCAUUAAGGAGCAGCACGAAAAGGACAAACGCAUCUAUGCGAACAUGUUCCAGAAAUUUGCUGAAAGGGAUUCAAAGAAAGAAGCAGAGAAGGUGAAACCUGAGAAUAAGGAGAACGGCGAGGAGGCAAUGGAGGUUGAAAAUGGGGAAAAGGAAACUCAGUAAAGUGGAAAGCAUAGAUGAAGAUGCAACUGUUAUUAUGGUUCAAAUGUACUUAGACUUUUGUAACCGCCCAUUUGUGUUUUAAGGUAUGGUUGUGUAUAUAUGUAUAUGCGAGAAUGAGUGUCACUGAGAGCGCUGACCUCGGGCGGGUCUUUGACAUGUCGCUGUGUCCAGGCUCUAUGGUGUGGCAGCUAGCUGAAUGAGUGGGGCUUCUUCGGCUGGCAGCACUCUGGGAAAUGGAUUUAAUAAGUCGAUUGUGUGCCAUGACCCUUGGCUCUAAACACUUUAAGCCCACAGCUCUGAACUGUGCAUGUGUUUUUUUUAAUUGUUUUUAUUUUUGAAGAAACGUUGGUAGGUAG